AUGACAGAUAUAAAGACCGAUAUUGGCUAUGCACGAGCCUUUGUACGACUUGCAUUGGAACGCAAACUUCUCCACAAGCACAUCCAGACAGUCCUUGGCAACUUCACUCUGCUCCAGCAGUUGUAUAAGCGGUAUGCAUUUUUGCGAUGCGAUGAUGAGAAGGAGCAAUUUCUGUACCAUAUAUUAUCGCUAAAUGCCGCCGAUUUUUACUGUUUCACGAAUACUUUUAAAAAAACGAAAAUGCUGUAUCGUGUUUUAUUGGUCACAGGCAGUUCUCGUUCAGCUCUGUCCUGCCCGAUUUGGAUUAUCAUCACCGGAUCGCUGUGCUCCACCACCACGAUUGCUCUUAAGCAAGGCAUUUUCGAAUUUACAUUUGAUGUUAGUUUUUCGUGA